AUGUUGGAAUUGCAAAUGAUUGUUUUGGUGAGGCACACAGAUCCUUCGCAUCGAAAGCUGCGAAAUCACCAGAGGGAGGAGAUCACAAUUGUCGUGAUUUCAUGUGAUUGGCGGCUCAGUGAGACGCUGAAUAUGGUGAAAUCCGUGCUGCUGUUCAACACUCAAGAAAUGCCACUCAAAUUUAUCAUUUUUACGGAAGAUGGUCUGAUGCAAAAUUUCUCUGCGAAGCUGGAUGACUGGAAAGAGUUGCUGAAAGACAGUUUUAACUACCAGCUCAUGCCACUCACAUUCCCGGGAAUGAAUAGCGAGGAGUGGAUCUAUUCAUUCAAUCCAAAGAAGCCUUGUACUGCUCAGAGGCUUUUCCUGCCUAGUCUUCUCAGCCAUAUCGACUCCGUUCUCUACAUAGAUUCAGACACAAUCUCCAUGGCCCCCGUUGCAGAUGCUUGGAAGAUGUUCCGGCAGUUCAAUGAUAGCCAAAUCGUCGGCGUGACGCCAGAACACGACGACAGCAGCGUUGGUUGGUACAAUCGCUUCGCCAAGCAUCCUUUCUACGAACCCUUGGGCAUCAAUUCUGGCGUGAUGCUAAUGAAUCUCACACGAAUGCGCGCCUUUGAGUGGGAAAAGAAGAUUUUGCCUAUCUACAAAAAGUAUUACACGAGAAUCAUUUGGAAGGAUCAAGAUCUCAUCAACAUCCUCUUCCACUUCCAUCCAGAGAAGGUCUACCUGCUCCCGUGCGAGUGGAAUUAUCGUUCUGACAACUGCGUAUACAUGAACGCCACGCACGCAGUAAACGAAUGCAAGGCGCCGAACGGUGUGAAGAUUGUGCACGGGAAUCGAGAGAUUUUUCAUUUCGACCAUCCACUGAGUGUACCGGCCUUCCGCGAGCUCUACUUGUUCAUCGACAAAUACCAAAUUGGCUCGGAUCCCUACAGUCACUUCCUCUUGCCUCUGAUUGAAGGGUUUAAGAACACCUCCAUUGUCAAUACCACCUGCGGAAAGAUCACAGAUAAGUUUCUCUACAAAGCUAGGCAGAUGUUCAAGCCACAGUGA